AAAUAAUAUAGAAUGAUUAAUUUACACUCAGAUUCCAGACAAACUCUUUAGUAGUAGGACAUAGAAGUUUAUUAAUUGAUUGAGAAAGAAAAGAAUUUACAAUAAAAUAGCAUAAAUUUGAUUCCUAGCGAAAAUUAUACAUCUAGAGCAGUGGCUGAGGCAUUAUCUUGUGUAUUUAGCUCCAGAUAUGCUCCGGGUAAUUUCUUAAUUUAUUUUGCAUAGGACCUCAAGGAAGCAAAUACGCCCCAUAAGUUGAAAAUUAUGAUGAAAUAGAGAAACUCUGUUAAGAGAGGGCGUUAAAAGCAUUUUAAUUAGAUCCUGAAUAAUGGGGUGUCAAUGCUUAGAUGGGGAGUGGAUCUUCUGCUAAUUUAGCGAUAUUUUUAGGUUUAUUGGAACCAAAAGAUAGAUGGGAUACUUUUUUUAGUUUUGGUGAAAAUUAAAAAAUGUAAAAAUUAUAAAAAGCAAGGGAAAUUCAAAAUUGCUAGUGGAGGUGGAUUAUAUUAUGAA